AUGAGUAAAGAACAACUUGAGGAGCAUAUUGUGAGAUUGCGAGAAGAACUGGACAGAGAACGUGAAGAGCGUAACUAUUUUCAGCUAGAAAGAGAUAAGGUCACCACAUUUUGGGAGAUCACAAAGAGACAACUUGAAGAAAGAAAAGCAGAGCUGCGUAAUAAAGAUAGGGAAAUGGAGGAGGCAGAGGAGAGACACCAGGUUGAAAUCAAAGUCUAUAAACAAAAAGUGAAGCACUUGCUUUAUGAGCACCAAAACAACAUCGCUGAACUUAAGGCUGAAAGUAAGUACAUUCAUGUACUGUUGAACCUAUGAUAUACAUUCACAAAUCUAACAAACCCUAUUAUAAUAACACCCUGGGGUAACAAAUGAUGUUGUUUAUCCCAUACUUUAUGAAACAAUUCUUCCCAGUCCUGUUUGACUCAAUUGGGGCUCUACUAUUACAAAUUAUGUAUAUUAAACUGGCUAUUAAUAAUACAGAAAGGUGACUCAAAAUAUGAUACUAGCCUAAGAAACAGCUGACGUUUCGCUAUGCCACUUUGGUUUCCCUGUGAAUUGACAUCUGAGAAACGAACGCAGAAAUCCCAUACUGAUGACGCAUCACCCAGUACUUCAUCAGUAUGGAAAUUCUGCGCUUGUUUCUCAGACAUCAUUUCAUGGAAAAACCAGUGGUGUCAUUACGAAAUACCGACGGUUUGCUCAGGCUUAUGUGAUAUCGAUACAGAUACACAUCAGUUCAGAGGGUUGACAAGUCAGAGCAAACAAACUUAUGCAUCAGCACAACCACUCAGUUUUGCUGUUUGCUGACCAGAAGGAUUUUAAAAAUAACUGAUAACUCUGGAUCACUCAUCAGUUAUUAACAAUACUGCAUGUUUUGUUUUAGGUGCUGUACAACUGAAGCUUGCGCAGGAUGAUCAUAAAAAUAAUGAGCAAGAUCUAAGAAAAGACAAAAGAUCUCUUAAAGUAAGUUUACUUCCAAGGAUAAGUAACAAUUUCAUGACAUUACAGUACUGUACAGUGAACACCAUUUACUAUUAUUUUGUUCUCUUCAUGUUCUAAGAAACUGCUGACAUCUUGUGAACCCAAGGAAACUUCUGUUUCAACUAUGCAGUGAUACAUAUAGUAAUUUACAUUUGUAAACAAAUAGAAUGACAGAGGUAUCAAAAUGUCAGAUUCCCAAAAAAGAACUUUUCAACUUUGAUUUCAGCAUUUUCUUUCCUUCAAGUGGUAAAGCAUCACAUACAUCACUUGUUAUCCGUAGGAUUUGAAAUCCUAUGGCUUAUUAUAAUACCCUAGGUUUAGCCUGAAACAUUUUUUGGAAUAUCCUUGUGCUGAAACUGUUUACAUAAUUGUCAUCUCAAGCAAGUAAUAGCAAGAUCAAGAAGCUACUACCUGGCUACGUGACCUAACAAUGCAAACAGUUAUUGUUAAUUGAAUACAAAAUAAUUCAUGGACAUUUUGAACCUAGGUUGAACUCAAAGAGCAAGAACUUUCUCACGAAGAUGUUGUCAAGAACCUUAAGAGGGUAAGGCUAUAAAACUAAGUCAUCAUAAAUUAUAGAUAAAAGACAAUCUUUAUUUGUUGCUAGAACCCCUUCUUUCUUUACCCGAGUGUUAUGACUGUUGGUUUAUGCGCAGCUGUAUAACUCAUGCAUAAUCUAAGCUUUCCCAAUUCCCUAUUGAUGAAACAGUGAACAGUGAAAAACAAUGAAAUCAUUCCGUGCUAAAUAGGAAAACUGACUGCUGCACUGGAUAGAAGCCCAGCAUAAUGCUAACAUCAGUCCCCGUUUAUUAUACAAAUACAAACACAUAGGUACUGCAAAGGCAGACAAGCAGAAAAAAAUGUAACAAGUUCCAAGUAAAGUUCUUUGAUCAAUAAUGUAAUAAAGAUGAUCUUGUGUCUGCUGCCCGUCAGGAAAAACCCCCUUAGCUAAGGAGGAAACCUGGACCCUCCCAAAAGCAGAGCCAGACACUGAACAGGAACCUCAAGGGAGAGAGGUUGAACUAGAAUACAAAAUUAUGAGUACAUCAACAACGAACUACAAUCAGUUCGAAUGACUCAAAAAGGAAAAAAGCAUUGACAAGCAAAACUCAGGCAGCGAUGUCAGCUAAGAAUGAUCACCUCAGUAACAUUCCGCCCUUUUAUACUUGAGUCUCCAUGACAGCUGUCAAUAAGCUAGAACCAUCAAAACAAUAAUUUGCCGCUAUUCUUAGAACCCCAGCAAAUAACAAUAUUAACUUUACCAUUGUGUGCAUAUUAAGUAGAGAUAUGCUACCUGCAUUUAACCUAAAAAUAUUCAUGAAGGUUUCUCUGUCUACAGGGUCAUGAUGAACAUGUGACUAAACUCAGACAAGACUUUGAAAGACAAGUUAAAGGUUUGCGAUCAUUGGAUUGUUGACAAUUUUUAAAAUUAAAUUGUUUGAUUCUUAUGAGAGUACUUUUGUUUACAGAAAUUGAAUCUAAGUAUGACAAGAAAAUGAAGUCACUAAGGGAAGAACUAGAGCUGAGAAGAAAGACUGAAAUUCAUGAAAUUGAAGAGGUUUGCCUUUUACAUGACUUUUGACAUAAAAAUAAUGUACCCUUUCCCAAAACAUCCAUCAACUUCCCAUGCCAAUUUAUUAUUAGUGUUCUAAAAUGUACCAAAAAAGUGUAAUGUAAGGUACCAUGCAAAAAUGAAAAAGUAAUUUCGUUGAAAAGGUGAGAGGAUUUAGUUUAUUAGCCCAGAGUUUAAGUUAAUCACUUAUUUCCCCCCUAAAAAUGUGACAGAUUUUGCUCACCCAUAGGAAAACCUGUAGCAAACACACACUCCCCUGCCCAAUUCACACUCACACCCAGCAUAUAGCACUAGUUCCAGUGUAUUGACCAGGACUUAAGUUAUUGCACACUCACCUGGUAAUAAUUCAUUUAGAGUACAUAUCUUGGGCCCCAGGUUGUGUUAAAAAUGUAAUAUUCAUGCUUUGUAAUUAUUCGUCAAAGCUGAUAUGUUAGUUUGUUGUUCUUGUCCUUAGCGCAAGAAUGGUCAAAUCAACACCCUCAUGAAGAAUCAUGAGAAGGCCUUCAGUGACAUCAAGAAUUAUUAUAAUGACAUCACACUUAACAAUCUAGCGCUCAUCAAUUCUCUCAAGGUAAUAAAUUGACUGCUGACUUAUUAUGAAGUAUAUACAUGUACAGGUUUCCCCAACAGUGUUUGGAUAAAAACACAUGUCCACAUGUCUUUUCAGUGGAACUCUGUAAAAUAAAGUGACCAACGUACAUGUAAUUAACAUGCCAUUAUGUGGUCUUACAAUGGUAUCAUCUGGUCGUUCAUUAUUACCAGGAAGCACCACUUUGCAAUUAUACCCCUUUUCCAAACUUUCGAAGAUGACUGUAAAUGUUAAAAUUUUUGGAUAGCGCUAUCCACCAGAUAAAUCACUAUCAGGCCGAUAAGUAUUAGGGAAACCAAUUAAGCUAUCCAUUGGAUAGAGAUUUAUCCAGUGGAUAGCGUUAUCCACCUUUUGAACAACUCAGCCCAGGUAUCACAGUGUCAUUUGAAGGCUUGGCUAUCCACCUGUAAUGACUUUCAACAAAGGGCAUUACUUGCUGUUUGUUUACCUGUAAAUCUAGUCUCAUUAAAUGUUCUAAUGGUCUUCAAGACAUGAAUAACAUUAUGCAGAAGUUCUGCCAGUGAGGUGUCACAUGAAUGGUAACACCUCAGUAUUUCAUCCACUAACACCAUAGGAUUUUGACAACAGAUUUAAAAGUUAGGGCAACCUCGUUCCCUUUCCUGGGAACGAGGUUGAAGUUAGAGUGACUAAACAGUCUUGCAAUAACUUGGCCGACGGGGGGUGAAACUCAUGUCGGAUGUUAAUGUGAGGCUGUUGUUGAUGUUUUGACAGGAACAAGUAGAGGAUAUGAAAAAGAAAGAAGAGCGUAUGGAGAAACAAAUGAAUGAAAUCAUGGCGGAGAAUAAGAGAUUAACAGAACCAUUACAGAAAGCCAGAGAAGAAGUGGAAGAGCUCCGAAAACAGGUUAGAAUGAUUGACGUUCAUUCCAAACAAUAAAAUAGGAACUUUUCUGAAAAUACUGACGAAGGGUGCGGCCAAUUUCUUCUCAGCAGCUUCGCUCGUAGGGCAGACGAUUUCACUAUCCAUUUUUAAGACUAAAAGAAGGAAUAUCUGCCUGUUUAUAUUGACCUAAACUCAUGUUGAAAAGUACUGUUCUCACAGAAGAUGUCGAUUGAAUAGCCACACUUAUGGAUUUCAUAGGCAGACUUAAUUGUUAAAAGGUUUCACCUUUUGCAACAUAAUAAACUUUACCACUGUCGAAUGCUGUUCAGUAAUUUCAUUUGACUGUUUUUUCUUUGUUUUCAUCUUAAGCUUGCGAACUACGAAAAAGACAAAGCGUCACUGGCUGUAAGUAUUCGUUUUUGCCGCCAUUGAUUUACCAGCAUGCAAAGAAAGUCAUGUCCGAUAGUCCGGGGCCAGUAGAUUUUGCUGUCGGGCUAGUGAUUUUUGUUCUUAGCUUGCCCGACGGGCAAGUGCUGUUUUUUUGGGAAAUUCAAGUUACAGAAGGAUUGUAAUCAAUCCUGCUAAUCAAAAAGGGUUUUGGGGCUAGUUGAAAUGACUUGUGGGCUAGUACAUGUUAGCUACAGCUUGCCCGAAUGGCAACCUGUAAAACUGACUUUCUUUGCACCCUGAUUUACCCAAGCGUAUUUAGCUAUUUCGUAGUUUUUGGUAUGUCACUCUGUUGUGAUAAAAUUUUUUCUUUGGUUAAUCCGUAGAGCGCCAAAGCACGGCUCAAAGUCCAGGAGGAAGAGCUGAGAAGUUUACAUUGGGAACACGAGGUCCUCCAACAACGCUUCUCUCAGGUAAGAAUAGACUAACGGAUCACUGAUUCAGGGGCCGGUCUGAGCUGAAUAAGCCCGCGUGGUUGUUAUUGGAUAGCUCAGAGCGUGCGAGAAAGUCCUGCGCUCUCGCUAACUUGCAUUAAAGACGUCAUUUGGACGUCAAAUUUAGUUGAACUGUAGCACAAUCAGUUUGAGUAAAGUUUUGCGUCUUCUGUUUUUGCUAAAUUGAACGCCCGAAAAAAUGACUAUUUGAACAAUAUAAAGGUACAGGUGUUGAAUAUAAAUCUGUAUGUUACCAACUGAUUGUUUCGUUGUACUGUAUGUGUUCACAUUUCUUAAUGAUCAAGCUGGUAUUGUCUUUCCUUUGAUGUUUUUAGACUCAAAACGAACGCGAUGAAUUGUACGGCAAGUUUGUCAAGGCCAUCCAUGAAGUACAACAGAAGAGCAACUUUAAGAACUUACUGUUGGAAAAGAAACUUGCCGCUCUGGCUGAUACGCUGGAAAAGAAGGUACGAGUCAUCCUUAGAAACUUUUAUGAAAAGAAGACGAAUCUAUUAUUAGUGACCUUACGAAACUACGACGGCGACGGCAAAAGAAGUAAUAGGUUUAAUGAGCAAAACAACACCCCUGCGCGCGCAUCACGCUUUUUGGUAAAUUUCUUUGCCGUCCCUGCACAACUACGAUGUGUAAUGAGCAAGUUUUAAGUUUACUUGAGAACGGCAUGGCGAUAAAUUCUAUUUUCUAUGUCUGAACUCUGACAACUCUAGCCUUAGAAUAGCAGACGCAUUUCCGGUCGUCGCUUCUCUCCCUCCGAAGAGAAGAAGGGAGAGAAGCGACGACCGGAAAUACGUCUGCUGUUCGCAGCCUAUCUGAACUCGGGCGCGGUCCCCUCUCUUCAGCUCAAACUUAAAUUUCCUUUUUUUAAGUAACAGAGAAACUUGGCGUAAUCACGUAAAAAAGUGAAAGGAUGCGAAGUCUAUUUUCAGCGACGUUUUCAUGGAGGUUGCAGUCGUCGAAUAGUAAGGUCCCAACUAUCCGUGCAAUCAAGCUUAGGCUCAAACUUCCGCCGCUCUCUUGAAGAGUCUUUCGGGAAGGAGCACAGGAUCAUUCCGCUUACAGCGGCUGAUAGUCGAGCCCACAGCAAGUCUUGAAGCUGAAAUAUUGAUCCCUGAUUAAAAACCUUUAUCUGUUUGACAUACAGUAAAACCCCGCGUAUAAGAACCUGGAUUUUUUAAUUUAGCCUCAACAGGUUCUUAUAUAAAUAGUACUUAAAACAAAUUUAGACUACCAAGGUUCUUAAAAUAGGUUCUUCUAUUUUCAUAUGAAUUUCAUUUAAGUAUAUUAUAAAUAUAAUCUCAUAAUACCAUAUAAGUCAUUCAUACCAUAAUGCCUAAAGGCAGUACAAUGCCUUAACAAAACAUAUCAAACAAACUCAUAGUCAGUUCUCUGAAAUGCCAUUUCAAAGUUAAUGCACUUUUACAGCAACUCCACUGUUAAGAACCUAACUUAAACUUUUAGCCUUAAUAGGUUCUUACGUGUGUUCUUAAAAACCAAGUUCUUAUACGCGGGGUUUUACUGUAUCUCAGAUAAUGUUGGUUUUAACAGCUCAUCCUUGAAACUGUUCAAUAACUCCUUUGGGAAGCGUCUCUUUUACCGACGUUUAAUCCGCGGUUCGCAAGAAAACCUUUAGCUUACGUAGCAUCCUUCCCCUAUAAACGAGGCGCAAAAGUUUUGGCGAGCCCAGAGCAAACAAAAUAUGAAAAGGGGUAGGGCAGUUGGCAGCAAAACAAGUUUAAAUGACUGUUAACUUAUUCACUCCCGGAAACAGGGCAUUCAGGUGUUUCAGAGACUUGUUUCAGUCUGUGCAUUUUUUGGCAAUCUAGUUUCAGAUUAAUGGUACGUGUUAGUUAAGUGCCAAUACGAACGUGUGGCCAGUGCCAGGUACAGAAGGGACUUAACUCUUUUUUUGAUUUCUAUGCAUCUGACCAUCUUGAAUAGCCAUUUUAACAAUUUUGUGAUAAAUAAAUGGCUCUGGAUGGAAAAGUAUUCGUUGUCUAAGAGCCUCAGGAUCACCCUUCUGCUUAAAAGUUACAUGUACGUUGAUGGUCGUCUUUUAUUAUUAUCAUUAUUAUUAUUUAUAUUAUUUUUUUAUUCCAUUACCAAAUGUUUUAUCUGUGUUUUUUCUUGAACAGGAAGCACAGCUUAAUGAAGUUCUCUCGGCAUCCAAUCUGGAUCCUACCGCCCUUACAGUGGUCACGAGAAAACUCGAGGUAAUUUCCUUAUUAUUACUGGUAAACUAACUGUCUUGUUUGUCGCCCUGUAACUUGUCCGAGAGGUCCACAGAGUAGUGAGCAGCGAGUUAAAGAAUGCGAUUCGAACGAAUUUUGAUCAAGACGUGGAUGUCUUGGGCGGACACUCUGGAGUUCAAUAUCCCUGUAACGGAAACUGCAUAUAUAAUAAAGCAAUUAGUGGUAUUUUUCUCUUGACAGCCUUAACGGCAACGGUAUAUCCGAGGGUUUCUAGUCAUACAGUGGAACCUCGACAUAACGAAGGGCCAAGUGACUGGCAAAAUAUGUUUGCUCUAGCAAGGUUUCGUUAUACCAAGGUUCUUUUCCAUAUAUUUGACUAUUACUAGGGUAAACAAAAUUUCUAGGCCAUUUUACCAUUUUAUAGGACGCUGUCUCCUAUUUUUAUUAUUAGAAAUUGAAAAAUAUGUAUAAUAUUAGACAUCAAAGACCUAACUGUUAGAAAAUGACCACAACUCAAGUUUCCUUUUUCAAGAGCUAUGGAUAGAUAGCCUGCGUUGCAGCCGGCCCACGCACUCGUCAAAACCAUACAGAAGGUUUAGAGCGUCUGAGACGCAGGCAAUGGAUAGGUUGUGGCUUGAAAACCCUUGUCCAGACGUUAAGUCCAGACGACUUCUUUAGAGUACACGAAUGCUUCAGGCCAAAUAACGCUCAAUUCUUUUGUUGUUUUAGGAUGUCCUGGACUCGAAGAACAGCGCUAUCAAGGACUUACAGUAUGAACUGGCACGCGUCUGCAAGGUAACCUAUCGAUCGCGCGUUUUCGUUAGUUGAUUGCAGCUUCUUGUAGUGGCAGAUCUAGGGAGGAGCUCCCCCCCCCUUAUUUUUAGACCAAACUGAGGCCCGAAGGGCCGAAAAAAAAAUUGACACCGGGCGUCCCGCUUAUCUCAGGGUCUAGACAACCCUCCCCCCCCUCCCCCCCAAUCUGAAUGGCUGCAUCCACUGUCUUGCUACAUGGUGAUCGGGAUACUUACCAUUAACACAGGAAAACCGGAAAUUCCGGUAGGAAAAUCAAAUGGUGUGCGCCAUCCCUUUUGGGAAGAUUCAGAAAAUAUGGGUGAUAUGAGGCAAUGCAAUUUUUCAACUCCUUUUAAGUCUGUUCAGCUGAUUUGCAUAUACUUUGCAUCGGAUCGUUCUCCAACCAAGUCGAAUUUUAUUAUAUAGUUUUAUGUUGAUACACAAUGUUUACACCCGGCUCGUUUGUGUAAAUAGUAAGCACCCAGCUGUCCUAGAGUGACCUGACCCGCAGCCCCUUUAAUUGGUAGAUUUUUUUAUUUGCAUCAUUUUACAACGAACUCUGAAUAUUUACGUCCGCCAAACUCUGAGAAAAACAUCCACCUUAUGCAAAAUGAGGUGUCCUUCGCUCCCUAGCGUCAGGUGAAAAAAAGGGGCGAUCCCGCACCUAUUUUGAUUAGCUGGGAAAAAAAUAGGGAUUGUCACAUAACAAUGCCCCCAUCCCUGAAAACAAUGGAAGUGCAGAUUAAAGCAGACCAGUGAAAUUAGAGGUUUAGAACGGUGCAGUUGGGUCUUUUGAUCGGGGCCUUAAACUAACAAAAUUUAUCUUGCUACCGAAAAGCCUCAUUUCCUUUCGCGCGAAGAUGGUGUGGUUCAUGAGACCGAAAACAAAGAACAGGAAUACAACGACCAGAGUUCCCUGUCCCAAUCCCAAAACCUGUUGAGACACAUCGCCAAAAAAACUAUUCUUUCAUGUCAUCCUAAUAAAACUGAUCGAACCGUGGUUAAACGAAUGCCCGUUUUACCACACUACCAUUCUCCAAUGUUGUUUAGGAUAACACCAAAAUUAGACACGCUUUUUUUAAACCAAAACAACUUUGAAUAGGGUUGAGGAGGGGGCGUAUGGGGCAAAAGUAAGAAGAUAGAUGAAAUUGUCUCAAUACUUCUGUCCGAGGUUGUAAAAAGUGUAAAAAAACCACUUAAAUUUCUUUUCCUUUUUUCCUUUAGGCACACAACGAUCUUAUUCGUACAUACGAAUCCAAGCUGAAGUCAUUUGGCGUCCCGACAGAGGAACUUGGAUUUAAACCUUUGGAGAGCAACGUCGGCGGGCAGCAACUCGGCCGAGGUCCUGCGGGUCUUGUAGCCGCGCCAACAUAAACGAGCGACGCAAAUUUUAAUU